UCCUCUUUCUCUUCACCCUCUCCAAUCAAGUAAUGCAAAACUAACCUACUGGACUGGAUCUCCUCCUUCAUCAGAAAACUAUCAAAGCAUGAAACCUGGGAUUCUAUCGUAAACACUCAUUCUGAUCAUUAUUCUCUGCAAAACUCAAUACUCUUGAGUCUUCAUUCUGUGAUCGGGAGCGCAUCAACAAUGAGAACAGAGCCGAGAAAAAUAUCCAAGGCUUCCUGGACGAAAUUAUUGGCGAGGAAGUGGCUGAACAGAAAAAACGGAGCUCACAAAUUUCGGUCAGAUUUCUCUGCGUUAGGAACCAAGAGCGAAAGAAGGAAAAGCUGCUCGGACCAAGACAGCUACGACGUCGUAAGGAACAGUCUCUCCUUCUCAGAGAGAUUUUUGGUGGAAUCUACGGACGGAGCCAGACCUUCCACGCAUGAGGAGGCACCACCUGUCCAGGAUACGUUUGACCUCAAGAUGUUCGCCGGGACAUGGAACCUAGGAGGGACGUCGCCGAACGACAACCUCAACUUGAUGGAAUGGCUCAAGUCUCCUUCGCCGGCAGACAUCUACGUUAUUGGGUUCCAGGAAAUCGUGCCUCUGAACGCAGGGAACGUGCUUGGCCCCGAGGACAGUGGCCCAGCAGCCAAAUGGCUUUCCCUUAUUCGUCAAGCCUUGAACACUGAACGGUCUGAGGAAGACCUCGAUCACGAUCACGACCGCGAGGAUUCUCACUCUCGUCCCCAGAAUUACAAUGACGAGGCCACCAAUCAGCAAGGAAGCCAAAAGCCGAGGUUCAGUUUCUCGGACUACCUUACCUUAGAGGACGAACUGGGCACUGAAGAAUUUGCCAAAUUGUCUGGUGACAAGUCAAAUGCAAAUUUUAGCGGUGAGAACUCUCCCGCUUUGCCUUCUACAAGGGGGAGACAUUGCGGCAGUCCACAUCAUCAAGGACGCUAUUGCCUAGCAGCAAGCAAACAAAUGGUCGGUAUCUUCUUGUGCGUGUGGGUUCGUUCGGACCUCUGCAGACACCUUUCCAAUUUGAAGGUGUCCUGCGUUGGUAGAGGCAUCAUGGGCUAUCUGGGAAACAAGGGCUCUAUAUCAAUUAGCAUGACGUUAUACCAAACGUCCUUUUGUUUCGUAUGCACCCACUUAACCUCGGGAGAGAAAGACGGUGAUGAGGUGCGGAGAAACUUUGACGUCUCCGAAAUUUUGAAGAGAACUAAAUUUUCCCACUCUUUCAAUUCUACGGAUCUUCGACUCCCUCCUGAGACCAUCUUGCAACACGACAAUAUUGUUUGGCUUGGGGAUUUGAAUUAUCGGUUAGCUUCUGGUUCCGAGGACACAUGUGAGCUACUAGAGAAGAACGAUUGGCUGGCACUUCUAGAGAAGGAUCAGCUAAGGAUAGAGCAGAGAGCUGGUCGUGUAUUUGAAGGUUGGAAUGAAGGGACGAUAUCUUUCGCCCCUACUUACAAAUACUUGGCCAAUUCCGAUCGCUAUGUCGUCCAUUCCUCCAAGUCCAAGGAAAAACGUCGUACUCCUGCUUGGUGCGACAGAAUCCUAUGGAAAGGAGAAGGCCUAAAGCAGGCGUGGUAUGUGCGAGGAGAGUCAAAAUUCUCAGACCACAGACCAGUAUAUUCACUCUUCUCAGUUAAAGUAGACUUAACAACGAGCAAGAAGAUAAUUCCAAAUGCUGCUUCAGCCCUGUCAUCGACUUGCCCGGCCAAGGCCAAGGUUCAGGCAGAGGAACAGCUCAUGUUGCUGACACGGUUACCUAGUUGAAUAGACAAAGCAACCUUGGCUCUGACUUUGAUUGACACCUGACAAGGUUUAUAACACAGCGCUUGGGAAGAAGGCCAAGGGUUCAGGGAUUGGCCGGCGUGGGUGUGUUCCUCACUUUUACUUGGAACAUGCAAGCCUUGGCGUGACUCCUUUGUGGCAACCCACCCAAUAAAAAGUUUUGAUAAGUGAGUAUAUAGCAAUUUGUACAUAAUUUGAGAGAUUUGAGGUGACAAUGAUUAGAAGGUGUUGGGUGUAGCAGAGGAGUAACUCAGAAGCAAAACAAGAAGACAGGACAGUGGAGAGUCGGAGAAAGAGGUGCCUGCUUCUGCGGGAGGGCAUUUUUGUCAUGCGUGUUCUUUUUUGUUUAUUUAAUGUUUUUCCAUUUUUAAAUAUUGGGUAUGGGUAUUCAUUUGAAUCUGGCCUUUGGGAUGUUAUAUAUAUAUAUAUUGAUGUGAAAGCUGGUUAGAUUUUAGGGUUUAGCCCAGCUUUUGCUUGCCGGAAUGAUGAUUUCCAUUCUUUCCGAUUCAAAGAUGAAGGGAAUGACAUGUAAGCCAUUUUGUCUGUUUUUGUGAUCAUCAUUCAAAAU